CUCUUUUACAUAUUGUUACUGUCUGUUAGAAGAGUAAAAGGGCAGUAAAUAAGAGUUUAAUGUUUUCUUUGCCCUCAGUGCAGUUUUAAAUAAAGCACCAUUAAAUGACCUUCAAACGCGUCAUUCAAGCAUCCGGGUGCUUCAUUAAAUAGAGGGUCGGGCAUGCGCAGUAGUUCCUCAGCGGUUCGACCUCUGCUGCCGGAGACAGACGCGGGUUUAUUCUUCACCACAGUCAGCGAGCUCAAUCAAACAUGUACGCCUGUGCAAAGUUCGUGUCCACACCCGCACUGGUCCGCUCUGGUUCAAGGGCGCUGUACAGACCACUCUCUGCCUCUGUGCUCUCCAGGCCAGAUGUCAGCUCUGCAGAGGCCAGCCCAGCCUUCCUGCCACAGACUGCCGUUUCCCAGGUUGCAGUCCGGGGUUUUCAGACAAGCGCCAUAAGCCGUGACAUCGACACAGCCGCCAAGUUCAUUGGUGCUGGUGCCGCCACUGUGGGAGUGGCAGGUUCAGGAGCUGGAAUCGGAACAGUGUUCGGCAGUCUCAUUAUUGGAUAUGCCAGGAACCCAUCUCUGAAGCAGCAGUUGUUCUCAUAUGCUAUCUUGGGAUUUGCCCUGUCUGAGGCUAUGGGUCUCUUCUGUUUGAUGGUGGCUUUCCUCAUUCUGUUUGCCAUGUAAAUACUGCUCCGUCCACCUCUUCCCACAGCUGUGACGACGUGUUUUACACUGGCUACCAAAAGAGUCCUGUGUUGGUGUCAUAAAAUUGUACAUUUUCCAAGUUUUGUUGAAGGCUGAGAAGAUAAAACAUGUAUUGUAAAAAUGUAUCCAAAUACAGAAUAAAUACAUGUAUUUCACUAUUUAAAA